GCAUCUUCCACUGGUUAUCAUCACGUCUCUGGUGGUCCGCCAGCUGGUUCUUCUAUGGCCAAGCCUAGUGGAAUGUCAACUGCCGCUGCGCCAAAGCCAGCGGCCCCUCCACCACCGCCGAAGGACGUCAAUGGUCACGACAGAAAGUUCAUUCUACGCAUUCAAGGAGCCGUUGUGCGUACUCCUCGAUCGCAGGGCGGGGUGUCCAGAUCAGGCACGCCCAAAGGAGGAUCUACUACGCCGAAAGCUGUGCAACUCCUGGAUGGUGGUAUUUCCCCCAAGGCACUGGUGUCGCCCACGCCUCUUGUCGCAGGCUCAACAGGAUCCCCCGCAACCUCAACUCCACCUCCUUGCUUUUACAUCGAGUACACGACCUCUCUUGGUGGUGGCAAUAUGUGGGAGACACCAGUAGGCAGUCGAAGUCUGCCCUUAGCGAUUUCAGGCUUUGCGGAUGCGCCUCAGAA